AAGGCGGCGCGUCGUGUGCUUUUUUGUUUUGGUGUAACUGUUGUUGUUUUUUGUGCGUGUGUGUGCAUGUGUGUGUGUGUGUAUGUGUGUGUGCGUGUGCGUGUGUGAUUAGUCACCCGUGUCGCUGUGCUGGCAGGACGGGAAGGAAGUGGAGUGUGCACCUUUGCGCAGAGGCAGCCUCGGCGCUAGAGGCUCCUCUCUGGGUGCACAAAGACGAGCAGCAACACCAUCCGGGAUCCCGACUCCCGCCACCUCUCCACCGCCGAGCAGGAUCCAGCAAGUGUUGUCGGGAGCGUGCUGGCAGCGAAGGUGGCGUGCGGCGGACCCUUAAAGCACCAUGGUGAAGGCCCAGAAGUCCUCUGGGAGGAAGAGCGCUCACACCGUCCGCCAAGAGCCGGAGGAGGAGGAGGAAGGGCCGCUCCGUUUAAGCAACCAGCGCUCCUCCGAUCACCUCGGCGCCCCCGCUCCGUGUGAGGCGCCGGCUAAAAACCCCACAGAAACCCAAACGGACGUCCAGGCAUCCAAGGGCGACUCCGCCGCUCAGUCCAAACCCCUGUGGAGGCCCAUCCCCCCGCUGCUGCCAGAACCCGACACAGGCGACGCCCCGAAGACCCGGGAACAGAGCUGCCAGACUGAGGUGGUGCUGCUCCGUGGCACUGCUGCCACACAUGACACAGGACACAGUGUGGAGCCCGGAGACGCUCCUCUGCUCCAGCAGCCACUGCACACGUCCAAGUCCGGAAUCCACCAGAUCAUUGAAUGCUUCCGCUCAGGAACCAGCCAGCUGAGGCACAUGUUGCUGCGGGAGGUGGACACCAUCUUCGAGUGUAAAGUGUGUCGCAGUCUCUUCAGAGGCCUGCCCAACCUUAUCACGCACAAAGAGUACUACUGCCUGACACGGCUGCCGGACUACGACGGAGAUGACCGGCAGAGUGUGGCCCUCAAGGAUUUGACAGACAUCAUAUAUCACAGAGGCGACCGAGCCGAUUAUGUGGUCCGGCUGGAGCCCAUCCAGACCACCAGCAAGGCUGUGUACCAGUACUUGACCACAGAGGAGGAUUUGGCGCGCUAUCCAUCCAGAGCCCCCAGUGCCAGGGAGAGUCCGGUCGCUUGGGAACGAGAGUCGACGGAGAUUGAGACGGACCCGCUGGGUGGUCCACAGAGCCCGGCACAAAGCCACCACAGCCAGGGGAAGAAAAAGCGGGACGCAGAGGAGGACGAGGCCACACAGGAACCACCGCAGGCUGAGGACGAGGAGUCCACAAGUGGGGUGGAUGACGUGACCAUCUCCUGCUGUCUGUGCGGUCAGGACUUCAACUCGCGCCGCAGCAUCAGGCGCCACUGCCGCAAAAUGCACCAGACCAAACUGGAGGAGCUGCGGAAGUUCAUGGAGACGCGGACCGUACCCACCAGCCUGCUGUCCAUGGUGAAAGGUCGACCACGGGCUCGACCUCGGAGCACACCGGCGGGAAAGUCCUGCCACGUGUGCCACAAAGUCUUUGCCACCAAAACCAACGUGCGCCGACACUACGAUGAGGUGCACCGCGGCCUGCGGCGGGACGCCAUCACCCCGGCCACCGCCUCCAGGCCGGGCCAGCCGCUCCCUGUGGAGGCCACGCCCCCCAGGAAGAGCAACGGCGCCUCGCCCCCGCGCGGGAGCAACAGCAGCGCCGCCAAGGCCACACCUGUCAACCAAAACCGCGCCAAGCCUCAGAGUCAACCGUCGCCUCCUCCUCAGGCCAACCAGGCGCCGAGUCGCUGCACGAUGUGCAAGAGAAACUACAGCUCGCAGCUGAUGCUGAAGCGACACAUGCGUAUCGUCCACAAGAUCUACAGCGUCAAAACCAACCGCUCGGCGACGGCGGCGUCUUCAUCGAUGACGACGCCGACCACAGCGGCUCCAAACAUCAGCGGCGGCGUGCAGCCUAGCAACAGUAUCCGAGUGAAAGAGGAAGUGGUGGAGGCCUCAGAGGAAGAGGACGACAUGGACAGCAGUCCGGCGCCGUCCCCCCCCCACAGCACGGGUUCUGUCAAAGGUGCGGCCGUGGCCCCCGCCGCCCUGAAGGUGAAGGAAGAGGAAACUCCGUGGGUGACGAAGGCGCCGCUGAGCGCGUCGGCCGUGGCCAAACCCAAACUGUCGGUGGGCUUCGACUUCAAGCAGCUCUUCUGCAAGCUUUGCAAGCGGCAGUUCAGUUCUCGCCAGAACUUGUCCAAGCACAUCGAGCUGCACAUGGACGGCAACGACAUUUUCAUCAAGUUCUACCGCUGCCCGCUCUGCCGCUACGAGUCGCGCCGCAAGCGGGACGUCCUGCGCCACGUGACGGUGGUGCACAAGAAGUCCACCUCCUACCUGGCCAAGAUCAUGCCCAAGCUGGAGAGCCGGGCGGUGAAGCGGCUGGCGGAGGUCGUGCUCAACAACACCAACCCCAAGAGGGUCUGCCCCGCCAAGGAGGAAGUCAACGGACGCCCCACGUCUGUCCCCGCCCCCUGUCUGUCCUCCCCUGUCACCCGGAAGCAGGACUACUCCGCCAGCACCGCCUCCUCCUCCUCGGCGCCGCCUCAGCCCCAGCCCCCGCCCCAGCCCCCCGCGCGGAAGCAGCAGGAAGCGCCGUCGCCGUCCCCCGCUCCAUCGCCGCCCGUCACCCGUAAGCAAGACAAGCAGCAGCAGCCUCGGCCCAUCAGCCCGCCGAUGACCCGCCGCAGCGACAAGCACUCGCACCAACGCAACUCCUCCUCGGCGCCAAACACUCGCCGCCACGACGCAGAGAGCUCCGCCUCCACCGAAGUCAAAGUCACCAAGAACUUCUCGCUGCACGCGUGCGACCAAUGCGGCCGCGCCUUCGCCAAGAAGGUCUACCUGGAGUCGCACAAGCGCAGCCACCGGAACGCGGAGGCGGCGGUGGUGGCCGGCGUCAGGAAAGGAGUCAGCACGCGCUCCAAGUCGUUGGUGUGAGGAACCACGCGGCGCGUAAGAAAUGACUUCUCUUCUUCACGCUUUUGUGACGCUCUCGGCUGCUCGCCAUUCACUCGCCACAAAGGAGCGCCAGUGUGUACUUGAGUGCGUGUGUGUGCGCGCGUGUGUGUGCGCGCGUGUGUGUGCGCGCGUGUGUGUGCGCGCGUGUGUGUGUGUGUGUGUGUGUGUGUGAAGAGCUGAGACAAGAAGCGGCAGCCAUUAAUCGACCGCCGCUCGUUUACCAGCUGUUUCCUUUUAUAUUCACCUGAAAUCUGCCUCUUUUGUUUGAGCCCUCCUGCGUCUUUCACCCGCCGCCCGCAGUCCGCCGACGGACAAUGGACGACGCAACUUUGCAGAGACGGGUGAAAAGUUAGCGGACAAACACGGACGGAAACCACAAUAUAACUUCGUGUGGAGUUUUAUUGCACGGGAGCCAAAUUUCGCAUCAAUUUGCUUCUUGAGCGAGGCCAGCAAUGACACAAACUGGCCACCAGAUGGCAAUGUUGGGCGUUUUUCUAUUCACUUAAGUCAGGGGGCGGCAACCCAAAAUGUUGAAAGAGCCAUAUUGGACCAAAUUACGAGCUACAAAAAAUCCAUCCAUCCAUUUUUCUACCGCUUAUUCCCUUUGGGGUCGCCAGGGACGCUGGUGCCUAUCUCAGCUACAAUCAGGCGGAAGGCGGCGUACACCCUGGACAAGUCGCCACCUCAUCGCAAGGCCGCCACAAAAAUUAAAGCCAUUUUACAUACAGAUGGUGUCGUGAGAUACAAAUUGAAUUAAGAGGACUUAAAGGAAAUGAGGCCAAAUAUAACAACAAAUGAGGCAUAAUGAUGCAAUUUGUACAUAUAGCUAGCCUAAAUAGCAUGUUAGCAUCGAUUAGCUUGCAGUCAUCCAUCCAUCCAUCCAUUUUCUACCGCUUAUUCCAUGCCGUGAUCAAAUAUGUCUGAUUAGCACUCAACAAAACUCACCUUUGUGCAUUCAUGCACGACGUUAAAAAUGAGACGGACUAAGAAGUGGCCUAAAACACGUCUUAGAAGGUCGGAGAAAGUUACACAUGUAAAGCAGGGGUGUCCAAAGUGCGGCCCGCAACUAAUUCUGGAAAUACUAUUGCAAAAAUUAAAAAAAGGGAAAUGAGGUGACAAGAAAAAGUUUCAAUGUUGACACAAAAGCUGCCAUGAAGGCUGUUUUUCUUCUUUUGUCUUUUUUUAUUUUAAUUUUUUUGCCAUUGCUCAAAAAAAUCUGUUAUUAAUUACAAGGCUCCAAUUACUUUUAAGUAGUUCACUUAAAAAUGUUUUGUGUUGUAAAUAUUGCAUAUAUUGUGUGGUUGCCAUAUAAAAACAUCAAGUUUUAUUUAACAAAAGAGCAUAAAACAAACAAAAUAAUAGUUCAAAUGUAAAAUGGAUCAAUUUUGAUCCUGUAACUUAUGUGUUGAAAGUAAAAGAAAACCCUAGUAAAAAUGUAUCACUUUAUGAGUGGGGCACCCUUUGGAUCCCAAAUAUAUUUAUUGGUAUUUUAUUUAUCUUUUCACUGUUAUUUCUCAAAAUAUGUAAAGUAAUUAAAACCAAUGGUGUCCUGAAUUAUUGAUCUUUUAGGGCUCUAAUUACUAAAUACUGCAUAUUUCAGUACUUAGUAAAACCUUUUUUUGUAUUAUUUUAUAUCAACUUGAAGUUGAUAUAGAGAUUUAUUAUAAGCGUCAAAUAAAAAAUAAUUAUAAUUUGACUUAUUUUUUACAUUUUAAUGACUGAGACCCUUAAUGGUCCCCGGGAUCCUUAAAGGUAAAAUAAAAAAUCCCUACGUUUUGUUCUGGUUUGAAAACAACAAAAUAUCAAUACGGCCCCCGCACUCUUUCAUUUUCAUUUUUCCAUGUGCAGCCCUCAGUGGAAAAAGUUUGGACACCCUUGAUGUAAACAAACCACGGUGAGUUCAAGGACUGCCAAAAUUAGGACAAAACGGCGCUUGCCAAAUACUCGAAUCAGUGAAGCAUGUUUAAUAUAAACAGUGUGCUUUAUAGCAAUUAGGGAGGUUUGUGUCAUGUUUGUCCUCCUACAGCAGGGGUGUCCAAAGUGCGGCCCGGGGGACAUUUGCGGCCCGCAGCUACUCGUUUAGCGGCCCGCCACACAUUCUGCAAAAAUUGCAAAAUUGAUAUUAUUGCAAAAAUAAAAAUAAAAACAUUUUAAAAAAGUGGAAUGAGGUGAAAACUAAUGAGGAAAAGUGACAAUGUUGACACAAAGCUGCCAUGCAGGCAGUUUUUUUGUUCCUUUUGUCUUUAUUUUCUUUUUUCUUUUUUCCAUUGUUAAAAAAAAAAAGGAAAAAAAAAUCUGUUAUAAUGAAUUAUUACUUAAAAAUGAUCACUUUAAAAUUUUUUAUAUGGAAAAAAUAUUGCAUAUGUUGUGUGGUUGCCAUAUAAAAACAUCAAAGUUUUGACAAAAGAGCAUAAAACCAACAAAAUAAUACUUCAAACUUAAAAUCGGCAGAUAUAUCGGAAGUUGAUCUUGAAAUUUAAGUGUUAAAAGUAAAAAAUAAAUAAAAAUGUAUCACUUUAUGAGUGGGGAACCUUUCAGAUCUCAAAUAUAUUUAGUAGGAUUUUAUUGAACUUUUCACUGUGAUUACUCAAAAAUAUUAAAUAAUAAAAUCAAUGGUGUCCUGCAUUAUUGAUUUUUGAAGGCUUUAAUUGUUAAAUAAAGGAACUCUCCUGAAGGAAUCAAUAAAAUACUAUCUAUCUAUCUAUCUAUCUAUCUAUCUAUCUAUCUAUCUAUCUAUCUAUCUAUCUAUCUAUCUAUCUAUCUAAAUACUGCAUAUUUCAGUUUUACUAUAAAAAACAAAGUUGUCUUUGACAGAAAAGGCAUAAAACCUUAUUUGUUUUACUUUAUAUCAACUUCAAGUUGAUAUAGAGAUUUACUGUAAGCAUUAAAUAAUAAAAAAAUAAUAAUAAUUUGACUUAUUUUUAACAUUUUCUAUGCUCCCCAGGAGCCCUAAAGAUUAAAAAAAAAAUCCAUAUAUUUUGUUAUGGUUUGAAAAUGAAAAAUAUCCCAAUGUGGCCCAAUGUGGAAAAAGUUUGAACACCCCUGUCCUACAGAAACCAUAUUAAAACAAAAAAUAUGUUUUUCCCCCCUCAACAUUUCCAUUUUUCAUAUAUUUUUGAAAAGCUCCAGAGACCCUCUAGGGCGGCGCUAAAGAGCCGCAGGUUGCCGACCUCUGACUUAGUGACCACUCUGGACACUCCGGUCCUUUACAUCCCUCAAAGUAUUUAUGGCGACCAAAAUCAACGAUGUUCUUUUUUUUUUUAUUGUGUUGAAUGUCCUUUUGUCCACAGAUUCUUUUUUUCUUUCCUACUUUCAGUCGAUGACACAAAGUUGUGAUAAAUAUUCCUUCUCCACGGGUAGAAGGAGAAGAAGAGUUUGGUGGUGGCUGAACAACACUGGAAGACAUGAAGUAACGUGUACAUAAUGUUCAAAUGGGACAAAUAGCUGGAAAGUUUAUUUUUAUAUUUAACAUAAAGACUUUAGUUAGCGCAACAAGGGGAAGAUGUAAAUGUUAAUAUUAGUUCCAAUAUAAUCUCUUGUUUCAUUUAUGUUCUAUUUUGUGUGAGGAGAGAAGAAAAACCUCAUAAAGUACGCCAGGGAAUAUUUUCUUUAAUGUUGCAACAUUUCAGAAGAAUGUACAAACACAUGAAAUAAACAAUUUAAUCUUUAAA